GACCCUCGUUCCAGCUACAUCGAGGCGUGGGUCGAGAAGAAGUGAUGUCGUCCACUCUGGUGGAGACGGUCUCCAUUAAUUAUGAGGACUUCAACGAGUCUUUUCUCACCUGCGGCACUUGUUUGUGAGCACAAAGGAGGUCCUCUGCUGUGGCUGCCGCCCUGCAGAAAGUCAGGUGUUGGAGAGACCGAGAGACAUUAACAGAUACACAAAGAAGGGCCCAUUCUUCUCUAAAUUUGCAAGUCAGGUCUUUUAUUAUUAUUAUUAUUAUGUUUUUUUUUUUUAUUUGUCUAAUUCGGUCAAUGUAAUGGAUAUUUGGUUUAAAAGACAAUGUGCAAAUGUAAAGAAAGGCUUGAAUUAGUGUGAUAAUGGAAUCCCUUUAACUUAACAGACAGUUAAGAGCACUGUGCAUUAUAGAGCCAGUUCAAUUUUAUAAUCUGCAAUUCUUUCAACUUAAUGGACAGUCACAGAACACGGUGCAUUGUAGAGACUGAAGAAUGUGACUGUGAUGGCGCUGUAGCUUAUUCACCCACAAAAGGCAACACUGGAAGCCCCCAAACUCAUGCCUGCACAAAUAUUAAGGUAGCCAGUGUUAACAAGCCUGGUUCAUACUGUACUCCUGAAGCUGCCCUAUGUGUGUCUGUGUGUGUGUGUGUAGGGGGUCACAGCAGACAGAGUUGGUGGGUGUAAUGUUGCUGUCUCGCUAAUGUGCCUUAGGGUGUGGGUGUGUGUGUGUGUGUGUGUGUGUGUGUGUGUUGGCAGAGGACAGGAGAGAGGUGACAGGUGCUAAAAUUUGAGUCUGUUAAAGGUGUUUUAUGUCUUGAAGAACAUUGCAGAAUUUUCAGGGGUAUUUUGGGGCUUUUCCAGCAGACAGAACUGAUUUAAAACUAAGCUCUAUAUCUUGUCAAAUCAUGAAGCUUAAGAGAUAUAGCACCACUUUCAUUCUCAAGGCGAGAUUUAUCCAUAGCACAGGAAGCUUUGAAACACUGGUGGGGGAUGAGCAUUGGACGGCCUUGGCAGAGAGGAUGUGUGAUCACUCUAACCCUAAAAUCUGGAGAAAGUACUGGGAUAAGAUUGGGUGGCUUAGGCUGGGAGGGCACAGUUCUUUAUAAUAAUUCCAAGACAACUUAAGAUCUGCCUUGAUUGGAGAAAGUACUGGGAUAGGAUUACAGUUCUUCACUAUAAUUCUUCCUAGACAAGUUAAGUUCUGCCCUUGUUGGAGAAAGUACUGGGGUAGGAUUACAGCUCUUCACUAUAAACAUUCCCAGACAAGUUAAGACCUGUCCGUUUUGGAGAAAGUACCGGGAUAGGUUUGGGCAGCUUGGGCAGGGAGGGCAUGUAUCUUCAUUUAUUCAUCCUCAUAUAAAGUAAAAUUUUCCCUUACUGAAGAAUGCAGUGGGGCAGCAUUAGGUGGCAAGGAAGGUGUGUGUUCACUUUAUCCACAAGUAAGCUCAGAUCUGCCCUUACUGCAGAAAGAACUGUGAGCAGGAUUGGGCAUCAUAGGCAGGGAGGGUGUGUCUUUACCCUGACCAAUCCCUAAGAUCUUAUUGGGGAAAGCACAAGGGGUUGGAUUGGAUGGGUUGGGCAGGAAGGGUUUGUAAAGCUAAGAUCUUACAGUAGGAAGUCCUGGGUGGAUGGGUUGGGCAGGGGUGGUGUGUGUAUCUGUGUUAGCGAGGCUUCAGCGGACGGCCAAACCUCCCUCUUAGAGACUCCACACAGUCAGGGAGGCCGCAGCACCUCCUGAAGGGGUCGGGGCACUCCAUGGCCAGCACUCCACUCACUGCCUCAAGGUGCAAGUUUGGUUCUGGACCAUGGUAGUUUCUUGGUGGGAGAGGUAGCACUCCCUUUUACCCCUGGCUGGUGCUGUGUUGCCUCGCUCUGGCUCUAACUUAGAUUUCUGCUAUUUUUUUCUCUACACUGUUUGGAAUCAUAAAACUCUCUACUCACUUGUUAGGAUUCAGUGUGCAGAUAUUUCUACUCACUCUGAAGACGUUGUUUGUCACUAAGAAUUUCUACUGAUUUGUCAGGAUUCACUAGUGCCAACAUGUCCACUCACUGUCAACACACCAUUCAGAAUUGUCACUAGCUUAACUACUACUCAUUAGGAUUCACUACUGCAAACGUCCAUUUUCCUCAAUACACAGUUUGGAAUUGUCACCACCAAAUCUUGUACUCCCUUCCUCUCUACACUGUUAGUCUGUGAGAACCCCCACCCAUUCAUUAUAUAGUGCCAGGGCUCACCACCACCACCGCCACCACUGCUGCCCUGAGGUGACUGUGCUGGCGUGACAAACAGUAACACACACUAGUCUUAUAGAGGAGAGACAGUUAGUUGUCCUUCUAUUUUUCCCUCAGUUUGUUUUCACUCAGAUCUUCCCCCUUUGUGCAGAAUAAAUCAGUGAAUAAAACCAGUUAGCUUCCUUAAAUUGAUCAUGUUUAGGGAGGAAAAUUCUUUUGUAUUCAGUAUUACUCUCCCUGAAACUGCUUAUCUUCUCAGGUAAAUUAUAAAUGAGAUAGUAAUUGAUUGCUUUAGUAUUUGUAUAGGUCAGCUUGCAUUGUAUAGACAGGUAUUUGCUUGUAUACAUUAGGAAGGUGUUUGCUUGUAUUGUAUGGGUAGGAGUUUGCUUGUAUGCUCCUGAUGUUGCUUGUAGGUGCCUGUGUUUGGCUGACAUGUGUAGCUCUGAAUGGGUGUUUGAGUCACAGGUGCAAGGUAGUGGUGUGGCAUGUUUGUGUGUGUGUGUGGGGAGGUGAAGGAAGUAAGAUAAGAGAGUUUGAUGCAUUGGAAAUGGAAGAGGAGGGCUAAUGGUGUGUUUAGAGUGAAUAGAAGAAGAAAAGAAAGGUUAGUAGUGUAUUGAGUUAAUGGAAGGAGAGGGUUGAAUAGAUAGAAUAAGUAGGAAGGUUAGAGUUUGUUAAGAAGAGAUAGAAGAGCUAAAAAUGGGAGAAUUUGGUGGGUCAGAGAUAAAAAAAAAAAAAGGAUGGUGGUGUUUUGAGAGUAGAUGCAGUGAAUGCAUUAUAAGGCUGGGAAGCAAAGUGUGCAAAGAAAGAAUAGAAAAUAAAAGAAGAAGAGAAAGGCAAACUUUUUAGGUAAAUAAUGUAAAACUGUUGAGAGGAAAUGAAAGAGAUAGAAGAAAUAGUACCAAUAAAAACUCUCCUAAGAAAAAAAAUAUAUAGGAUAGAUAAAUGAAAGUUAUAAUGGUUGAAUAUUAAAAACUCACCACAAAAACUCAUCCAAAUAAGUGAAUGGUAUGAACAUUACUUAAUAAAAACACAAAAAAGAACAAAUUAAUGAGAGUUAGCCAUUCAGACACCAAGAAGAAAGUUUCAUAAUCCAAACACACACAAAAAAGAAUAAUAAUAAUGAGGAUUAGCCAUUUCAAAACACGCAAGCAAAGGUUGUGUCAUCCAAACAACUUAGACCUAAAAAACAUAACAAGUAGAAACACAAAAGAUAAUAGUAAUGGUUAGAUAUUUCAAACAACUCAGAGCUACAAACCUAAUCAAUAAAAGCACAGAUAAAAGAAGUAACAAUGAGGAUUAGCCAUUUCAAAACACACCUAAGAGGAAGUUGUGUAAUUCAAACAAGUCGGAGCUACAAAGAUAACCAAUAGAAACAAAGAAAAUAACAGUAAUGAGGGAUAUCUAUUUCAAAACACACCUGCAAGAAAGUCCACACAUAAAUACUAACAAUGAAGGUUAGCCAUUACAACACACUCCAGGGAAGGUUCAUUAAUCAAGCCAAAGAUCCAAACACUAGCCAAUAAGAACACAAAGAGCAUGCCUAGAGGUCCCGUAGAGUGAGGUUUAGCAGGUUCGCGUACCAGGACGGCAGCAGCAGUGUGGCGGCUGUCCCCACGCUGCCGGCAACACUGCAACACUUGUCACUGUAGUUCUGACAUGGGCAGGCUCCUUCGAUGGGGGGGAGCACACCCCAAAGCUGCUUCACUGCUCCCAUACCGUGUGCCUCCACUGCCUCUCCCGCAUCGUGGCCUCCCAUGCACGCGAGGACGGGACCUUCCGCUGCCCCAUAUGCCGCGAGUCCAUCCGCAUCCCAUCGGGGGGGGUGGCUGCCCUCCCCCCAUCCUUCCUGGUGAAUCAGCUGCUGGACCUCAUGUCACGCCAGCGCCGAGAGGUCAUCCCUAAGUGCUCCACGCAUGCCAAUCAGGAGCUGCUGUUCUGCGAGUCAUGUGACCUGGUGUUCUGUACCCAGUGUAGCAAUGGGUCACACCAGGGCAGCCCCGCCAGCUACCAACACACAGUCAUCCCUCUCUCUAUAGCCAUCAAGCGCAUGUCUGAGAUACUCUGCUACAAGGCCAAUGAAUGCUACUCCAAGCUGAACGAGGCGAGUGAUGCAGUCCGUACGGAGAUGCACCAGCUGGAUCAUGCUGCCGACGCCACCUUUGAGGAGGUGAACCGCGCCUUCCAGGCCAUCGUGGAUGUAAUAGAGCAGCGGCGCGAGGCGGUGGUGGCAAAUGUCAAGAAGAUGCGCGAUGAAAAGAAGAAAGUGUUGCAGGACCAGCUGGACAUCAUCGAGGGGGAGCGGCGCAAGGUGCAGCAGGAAUGUGAGGGGCUGCAGUACCAGGUGGAGGUACGCAACAUCACCAAGAAGAUCGCCCACCUCAACACCAAGAUUGACUCCCUGGCCACACUGGUGGAGCCGCGGGAGAACGCCUUCCUCAAGUUUGAGAACGGGCGGGGGGAGGCAUUCGACCAGGUGCGGGCCACCAUCGAGGACUACGGACGCGUGGCCACCAGUCGCACCUUCCCCAGCCUCUGCUUCAUGAAGGCCAAGAAGGCCAUGACUCACCUGCGCAGCGAGGUGCUGGUCACUGCCGUGGACUAUGAGGGCCAGACGCAACAGGUGGGUGGCGACCCCAUGGAGGCCACGGUCACCUCAGAGGCAGGGGACAAUGUGGAGUGCCAGGUAGAGGACAACCAGGAUGGCACGUACUCUGUGUUCUUCACGCCAGAGCAGGGCGGCAACCACAGCGUGGCAGUGCGGCUGUUCGGCCGGCCGGUGAAGGAGAGCCCCCUCACUGUGGAGGUGCUGGACGAACACAAUCCAGAGACGGUGUAUGGCUCGAGGGGCUCCGGCCGGGACCAGUUCCUGCAGCCUGUUGGCAUCUGUCUGGAUGAGGAGGGCUACCUGUAUGUGGCAGACACCGGCAACUCGCGCAUCAAGGUGCUUAGUCCGCAGCUGAGGGAGGUGCAGCACAUUGUGGGGGAUGCGCUGGAGGGCCGCAGCGUCACGGGCAUCACGCGCACCCCGGCCGGCUCUCUCGUCUUUGUCAACUGGAGGAAACGGACGGUGACGGAGGUGACGUCCUCUGGCCAGCUGCUCUCCCAGUUCACCCAUGACCGCCUGCAGGAGCCCACUGCCCUGGCUGUCAAUGCCCUUGGGGAGAUCCUGGUGGCAGACAAUGCGGCAAACUCCAUCUUUGUCUUCCUGGCCGGGGGGAAACUGGUGCGACACUGGGGCACCAAGGGCACCAAGCCAGGCCAGCUGGGGUCCGUGGCGGCCCUGUGCUGUGGCCCGGACAAUGAAGUGGUGGUGGCUGACUCUAGGAUACAAGUGUUUUCACCUGAAGGGCAGUAUGUACGCACCAUCUUUGAGACGAAAGGCAAAGGACCGAAGGGGACGUAUGGCGGGCUGUUCCUGGACCCCCGAGGGCUGCUGCUAGCCACCCGGCAGGAGCGCAGUCACUCGUGCAUACAGGUAUUUGACUACACACUGGGCACACUCAUAUUCACUAUAGACUCGCGGGAGGCCAAGCUGAAGCGUCCCUCAGGACUCGCUGCCACGCCGGAUGGAUAUGUCAUCAUAGUGGACCUCGGCAAUGACUGUGUCAAGAAAUUCAGGUACAUGUAGGCAGCUGAGGUCAUCACCAGUGUUCCUGCUGCCCAGUUUGCCACACAGGUCACACCCUUGCUCACACCUGCGUCCCCUGCAUCCCCUGUGUCUCUGUUCCCCUUUGCUGGCGUGGCGGUACUGGCAGGCUCAUAUGGCACCCUGGGAGGUGACCCGUUGGUAGUUACCGGCUUGUAUUCCUAAGCACUUCAGCAUCUCAUCCGGACUUGUUUUGACAGGUUCCACUGGGUGUCAUCAGGAUUUUGAAGUGAGGGUUUGACAAGCACUCAGCAUCAUCAGCUGGAAAAAACACUCAGGAGAAUCAGACAAAUCAUCCUACCUUUAAAAACUGUCCUGAUGAGAGAGAAGAGAGCAUUUAAGAAUACAGACCGUUAAAAAACACACCCACUUCCAUACUUCACUCUAGCACUGUCCUGUAGAAUGUGAAGAACCGUAUUAUAGACCGUCAGGCCUAGCAAUCUGAUGACAAAGGGUUCCCAGGGUGUCCAGCCUUGCCCAGAGGUGAAGGAAGGGGAAGUCUCGUCCUCACUGUGGGUUCCGUCAUGUCACCACAGUAAGGGUCCAGCAGGGGGGCUUGGCAGGGGUCAUAAGGGUCUAGGGUCAUCACCAGCACCGGCAUUCCCUGUGUGUUCCUGUGGCUGCCCCUGUGUUGUCGAGCUGUUUCACUGAUACUUGGUUUGUCCCUUAGUGUACACAUUACUGAGACACAUUACCCUCCACUCUCCUUAUUUUGUAGCUUAGAAAAGACAAAAAUUAAUCAGUUUUCUUUUUUUUACUUAUAUAUAGAUCAGUUCAAGUGCUCAGAAAAUACAAAAUCAACCUAUUAUUUUAAUUUCUAAUAUACACUUAGAAAAGACAAAAUUAACCUCCUCUUUUUAAUAUAUAAAUUUUCUAGACUUACACUACAGUCAGAUCCUUAAUUUAGAAAAAACAAAAUUAACUCAUUCUUUUUUUUUUUUUUUUUUUUUUACGCUACAGUCACAGAGAAUUGACCUAUACUCUUUCUCUGUCAAUCCAUUUUCUUCCCAGUGCCCUGAAUCAUAAGGGACAAGUGUGUACCAGUGGAAGGGUCAUUGUUGGGGCAGCCACUCCACAGCAUAAAGACUUGUUCCUAAGGAUAAGCUUGGUUUGGCCUCGCAGGGUCACUCGCUGUUCCGUAGUACCUCUAUUUGCAUCUCAUUCUUAGGUUGUUCGUGCCGUUCCCUCCCGCAGGCUGCACACAGAGAUGUUCACCGACUCGCUGGAAUUGUUAGUUGGUGUGUUGCAGAGAAAGUGAUCUCUGCUUUUGUGUUGUGUUGAUGUCUCUCUCUGUUCAUAGUGCUGGUGUGAAUUUCAUUGCCGUACUUAAGAUUUUAGCUGCGGUACCUCACUGCCUGUAAGUGUUGGAGGAGAGGAAGUACUUAUAACAAAAUGGCCCUUGCAUACUUAAUGAAGAAAUUUGGAAUGUGCGUAACGGUUUCCAUUAAUUUUAAGCUCAAUGUUGUCACUGCCUUUUAAGUAUUCUGCUGCAUUAGGGACAACAGUACUUAACAUGAACUCCAGACACUAAAAUGUACUUAUAAUUUUAAGCCCAGAAUACAUCCACUGCCUCUUGUGUUCAGACAUUGUAGGGAACAGUACUUAACAAACAGUAACACGACCACCACACACUUCCAUGACCUGACUCCAGCUCCCCUCCUCCACCUGGUACUCCUGAACACUUGUGCUACCAGUGCAUCAUGUAGAGGCAAGGCAGGCACAACAUAACACAAUAUACACCCUUAAUACUGUAGUUAAAGAGAAGCAGGCAUAAUAAUAGACUUUUCAUACGCCACAGAGCUCACAUUCACAACAGUUUCCCAGCAAUGAUCAGCACUCCAGCCACUCAGUCAGUCAGCAUUAUAUUAACCUUACAUUACAAACCCCAACAGUCUUCAGUUUUCCAGCAAUGCUCAACACUUAAUCCCAAUGUUAAAGAACCAGGCAUUAUAUUAACCUUACAUUACAUUACAAACCCCCAUAGUCUCCCGAGUUUAGUGUCACUCAAGGUCCUCAUUUGCUCCAUCUGUCAACAAAGGAGAAAGACGUGCGGUGAACAUCUCUGGUGCGGUGUGUGGAUGUGGCAGCAUAACCAACGUAUGUAAGAAUCACUAGCAGAGACUCGCUGAUGUAGAUUACUGCUCAAGUUGUUGCAGACCAGAUAAUACUAGCAGGUUUUUUUGGGAGGGAGGGAGGGAGGGAGAUACACAGGGGGAAGGAGGCUGGGUUGUAAGGGAAGAAGUAGAGGGGUUAGGGAGAUGAGAGAAUGGACUGCAAAAAUGUAGGAAAGGAAAGGAUAAGAUAGAGGAGAUAACUAAAGGAUGUGAAAGAUGAUGUGGAGAUGAAUUGACAAGGUAAAAUAUGAGGAUAAAGAAAGGAGGGAGCAUAAGAAGAGAUGAGAAGACAAAGUAUAAAACAUGUAAAGAGACAGGAUAGAAGGGAGGGAGGAUGGAAAACAAAGUAUGAAAAGAUGAGGAAGGGAAAGAACAAGGAGAAAAAAAAAAAAAGAUAUUAUACCUCCAAAUUCCAAUAUAGACCAAAGCUUUGAAACAAGGACCAUAUCUGUGUGUGUGUGUGUGUGUGUGUGUGUGUGUGUGUGUGUGUGUGUGUGUGUAUCUAUUAGGAGAGGACCAGUGUUCAUAUACGUAAAAGACCAGCGUAAUCAUGUAAACUUAAACGUGUGGAGGGGGUGGACCAUUAGGUGUGUGUACUUAACGUCCAGCAAGGAGAGGAGGACAUCUGCAUAAUCAAAAAGCACUGAGGUUGUGGUGUGUGUGUAUGUGUGUGUGCGUGUCAGGGUGUGUCUUGUGUUGGGCAGAGGUGAUGUGAAGUGUGUGUGUGUGUGUGUGUGUGUGUGUGUGACAUGCGGUUUGUGUAAAAUUACUUUUUUUGAUCUCGACUUUCGUUUUUCCAGUAGGGCAGUUGUGGGUGACUGUGAAUUGGUGUGUUGCUGCUGUUUUCAUGUUUUGCAGGGUUACUGUGAUUGGGAAAUUGAAAAGUUUUCCUGCUGUGUGUGAUUGGAAAGUUGAGAAGUUGCUUUGUUUUCAUGAUUGGUUGAGAAAUUGAGAAGUUUGGAUGUGAUUGGGAUAUUGGGAAGUGUUGCAGGGUUGUCAUGAUGUGGAAAGUUGAAGUUUUGCUUUGCUUUCAUGACUGGCUCCUCUCCCUGGGCUGUCAUGUCUGUCAAACGUAAACAGGGGACAAAUCAAGGAGUCUUUAACUAUCUUGCUGUAAAUAGGGAAGUUUUGCAGUGUGUUCAUGACAUGGUAAACUGAGUUGUUUUGUUUCCAUAACUGGUUUCUCUUGUUGGGAUGUCACGUCUGUCAGGAAAACGUAAACGGGAUAAAUGAGUGUCCCCAGUUUUCGUGACGUAAAUUGACCUCAUGGCUUAUACGCUGAACUCCGAGGCUGUACUACGCAUUAUAUUCUCACCUAGAUGUUAAAAAAAAAAAAAAAAGGCUAGUGGAGGUAAAAGUGUCAGUUUAUUGGAAGUUCACUACAUAUUGCUGUUUUCCGUAUCACCGCAUUGCCAUUUUUCUAUAACCUCACAUUCCUUUUUUUGUACUUUUGUAGGCUCAGCACGUAGGUAUGAUUCUACAAUGCUCGUAUAACGCUACACUCAGUCAGACAGUCACUGCAGCAUUCUGGACAUCACAUUCCUUCGUUUUAUUAUGACGUGUAAAUGUCUGUGUGUUAUCAAGACUACACACACACACACACACACACACACACACACACACACACACACACACACACACACACACACACACACACACACACACACACACCCAUAAUAGUGUCCCAAGCACAGCCAACUCAUCUCUUACAUUCUCAGGUCAGAAAAGUGUCCAUCCCAAGACAUGCUCACGGCCACACAGAGCAGGGCAUCCAGGGGCAUUGUUGGGGUAGGAGGAGUAAAACAGAAAUGAGGAAACUGAGCAGGGAGAGUGAGGAAGAGUUAACAUAGAGAAAGAGUUAAGUGAAGGAUAAUGUAGAAACAAGAUGUGUGAUAAAGUACUAUGUUAAAGAAUAGAGUGAUGAUUAGAUAUACAAGGAGAUCAGUAGAUUAUAAAAAGAUGUGAUUGAAGGAAAGAGAAAUUUGAUACGUCAGCUGCUGGGAAAGUUAUAAAUGAGGAAAUAGUGCAAGUCAAGUGCCACAGGAGUUAAGUAGAUCAUCAGCAACCAGGAAAAUUAAGGAAAAUGAGGGAAAAGACCAAUACACACCAGAAAAAUUAUGAUAGCUGGCAAGAAAGAUGAAAACACAAUACUCACACACACACACACACACACACACACACACACACACACACACACAGACACACAUCAUCUCCUCAGAGCAAAUGUGUGUCUAUUUUAUGCACCAGAUUUCAAGUAAACGAUGAAUAUUUGCACCUACUUGAGUGUCUUAGUGUGAACAGAAUAUACUUAUUGGGAGAUAAACAAGGAGGGAGAGAGAGAGAGAGAGAGAGAGAGAGAGAGAGAGAGAGAGAGAGAGAGAGAGAGAGAGAGAGAGAGAGAGAGAGACUGGGAAUAGUAGGGAGAAAAAAGAGAGAGUUGAAAUUGUACAGGGGUUUUCAGGCUAAGUUAUAUAGAGAAAUGUAUGUUUAUGUUGUACUUAUUAAAACCAAUCACUUGGGAUGGGUUGGUAUAAUAUUGGGCUCAGGAUAGAGAGAGAGAGAGGGUAACAACUGUACAGGGGUCAUCAGGAGAGGUUACAUAGAGUAGUGGUGUUUGUUUACGUUGAUGUACUUAUUAAUUAAAACUGAUUUGUUAGGUUGGCUUGGUAUAGGAUGACUGAUGUAUGUUUAGAAUGUAUUGAAAUUGAUUGGGUUGGGUUGGUAUUACAUAAGGGUCAGGAUAGCUGGGUACGUUAAGAAUGUUGAUGUACGUAUUUAAGUUUCUUGGGUUGGGUUGGCAUUACGUUGGGUUCAGGAUAUAUGGUAACAAGGAACUGGGUGUUAUAUACGUACUUGUGAAUUGUAAUUAUUGUACUUAUGCCAUUCGUUUCUUGGUAUUAGGAUUAAAAGAACAGUUACCUGAAAAAAAAGUACAUAAGUUUAACCAAAGAGUAAGGAGAAAUUCAUGACGUCUUUUUGUAAAGGGAUGAGGAGAUGAGAGAUGCAGUAGUGAUAUGUAUGAAUGUACUUGUGACAGAAACUAAUGGGUGAAAGUUCAAGUAAGCAUUGUGUGAGUCAAGGUGAAUAAGUGGUUAGAGGGUGGUUCAAAGUUAUGUAGAGCUAGUUUUGAAGUACGCAUUACACACUUAAUGUACUUUGAUAAAUUAGUGGAAUUUUUGAGUUUUAGCAUUACAAGAGUUGAAGUGAACAAGAAACAGAUUGCAGGAUUAAUGAAGGGAACAAUUUAAAGUUACUCAGAGCCUGUUUUGAAUUACGCUUUAUGAAUUCAGUGUACUUACGACAAAUUAACAGGUGAAUUUUUUUUUUUAGUUUUAGCAUUGCAAGAGUUGAACAAGAAAAAGAUUGCAGGAUUAAAGAGGAGAACAAUUCAAAUUUACCUAGAGCUAAGUUUGAAAUACACAUUAUGAACUCGGUGACAAAUUAACAGGUGAAUUCUUUUGAGUCUUAGCACUGCAAGAGUUGAGAUGAGAAAAGACACAUCAGAGGAUUAUAAAACAAGACAACAGAGAGUCAUUUAGAGCCAGUUUCAGACCAGUACACAUGUCCUCAACGUACUUAUGGCAAAUUAACAUGUGAUUUUUUUUUUUUUGGGGGGGGGGUGGAUUAGCAUCGCAUGAGUUAGGGUGAAGAAGAAAAAAAAUUACGGACAAUUCCAAAGAUGUAUAGAUACAAAUUGAAACUCUGAAUUGUGCCGUCACUAUACUUGUGAGAAAUCAACAAGUGAAUACUUAUAUUUUAGUAUCACACGAGAGUAAAAAAAAAAAAAGAUAAAUGGAAUAGGCUGGCAUUUCAAGAUUACGUAUAUCUUAUUUCAAAACGGGCAGUACAAGUUACUACGACGUCUAAAAUCAAGGUGACGUAAACUAACUUAACCUAACCUAAUUGGCUUUGGCCGUUCAUCUCAGGAGGCUUGGUGUACCUUAGUGAGUGGUUAGGCAAGGGGGAGGGGUAGUAGAGUGGUGUGGUAGUGAUGGCGGUAGUGGUAGUGAUAGUAAUAGUAGUAAGGGUCAUGUUAAUUUAAGCCUGGGUGGAAAAAAAGUAGUUAACAUUUUAAGGGAGUGCAUAGUAGUAGUAACAGUAGUAGUAGUGAUGUUUGUAGUGAUAAUAGUAUAACUAGUAACAUUUCCUAUAGUAGUAGUAGUUGUUAUUUUAGUAAUCUUCCCAAUAGUAGUAGCCAUAGUAGUUUGAAAAGUACCCUGUGAAUAAAGAAAAAAAAAAUCGUUACUUUACCUACUACAUAAUAACUACAUAAACAAACCCUCUUCCCUGAGACUACAUAGACCACUCCUCAGCAGACAUACCAAUCAGUGCAAAGUACGUUUUAGCUAGUUAGUCCUGUAGACUCGUGGCCGCGGUACCUGUAGGAGGCAUAGAGGAGGCAUAGGAGACUUGAAAUACAAUAAGAUACAUAAAAGGCAUUCUUGUUGCUGAGUUUUCAAUUUAGAAAGUCUUGCGUUUUGUUGCUGCUGCUGGUGUUGUGUUUAGAGUGUUCUGUAGUGUGUGUAUGUGUGAAUGUGUUUGGUGUAGGGAGGUGUGUAUCUGUGUGUUCAUGAUAACUCACACUUGUUACAUUGACAGACGUAAUGAUGGACAACAUAACCAGGAAUGUAUUCUCAAGACAUUUCUCAAAUUUUAGACUCCUUUUGUCUCUCCCCUCACUUUUUCUUCUUUUUAUUUUCUUUAAUGGACUGGCACCUCAAUGGGCUUUUCUUGGCCUUGACCAGUACUCCUCUGGCAUAACAAACUAACGAUAGUGAAAUAUAUCACUCUCAGGUUCUCAUCUCGACUAACUUCAACGGGCUGUGAUGGAUGUUGUCAGGGCAUGCAUGGGUGAUAAUGUAUUGUGAAAGGCCUUCGUAGUGACGUAUUAGCUGUCAAGGGUCUUCAUAGUGAAUGUUGUGAGGAUUUCCAAGGGUUUUCAUGAUUGCAGUGGUUAUUUAACAAGGGCUGUGCAUCAUUGAAGGGAAGAACACCCAUGACAACCUGACCAGUCAUUGCUAUGCUCUGGAAGUAGUUAGUGUGAGAACAAAAGCUUUCAUUAAUGACUCUUACUUCACUACAACUACAGGUCCCAUAAAGCAUACAUACAUACAUACAUACAGGACAUUACAAGCUUCACUGAAUCCUGUAAAAAUAAUAAUAGAUGAAAUAGGUAAAAUACAUACAAACAUACACCCCUCACUAAGCACACACACACACACACACCUAAAAGAGAGAGAGAGAGAGAGAGAGAGAGAGAGAGAGAGAGAGAGAGAGAGAGAGAGAGAGAGAGAGAGAGAGAGAGAGAGAGAGAGAGACCAACCAGCAGCUUUAAUAGGAUAAGGGUGAAAAAAAAAAAGGCAUCAAACAUUCAUUUAUCCAAGAGGUUACUGAAAAAAAAUACCCAACAGUGCAUAGUGGAGAUACACUUGCACAAAUGAGGUGUAACCCACACAGACACAGGCAAUGAUGUUCCUGAAUGUAAAGAGAGAGAGAGGGAGCGGAGGUGUGGUGUGAAUGAGGCAUGGAGCGUGUGGGGAAGGUGAAGGAGGAGUGAUUGGGAGAGUUUACUUGAGUUUGGUUAAGUUGUUGGGUCCUUUGUGCUCCUCUGGGCCUUGUUCAGUGUGUUAGGCAAAGGAGGAGUGAUGGGAAGAGUUUACUUGAGUUUGGCUAAGUUGUUGGGUACUUUAUGUUCCUCGUGAAUUGAUAGACAAAGCAUAUUACUGACUCUUGCGCCUUUUUACUCGUGUACAUCAGUAAAAGACGCCAAGAAGAUAAGACUGCAAGAGGGUGAAGAAUUGAAAAGGUGUAAGACAAAGAAACUCUAGAAAAGAUUGUGUUCUGAAGAGAGUGAAUAGAUAGACAAAGCAUAUUACUGACUCCUGCACCUUGCUAAUAUACAUAUGUUAAAAAAAAAAAAAAAAGGAGCUAUGAAUUGAAAAAAAAACAUAAGGUAAAGAAACCCAAGAAAAGAUUGCAUGUAAGUUUUGAAGAGAGCGGACAGAUAGCGUAUUACUGAUUUCUGCACCUUGCAAACAUAUAUAUACCAUUAAAAAACACCAAUAAGAGUGCUGAGAGUUGAAAAGAUGCAAAACAAAAUGAAACGCAAGAAAAGAUUAUGUGUGAGUUUCCAAGAGAGCGAACAGAUAGACAAAGCAUAUUACUCUUACGCCUUGUUGCUGUAGUACACAUACCAGGAGCCCUAUAAAGAAUUCCUGGUACUAAUAUUAUAAACGUACUACUUCCCAGAUCACCUUCACUUAUCACCUGCUGUAUAUUUUGGCCAUGACGUAUAGUGGCCCCUAACAUUUCGUAUUGUCACUAAGUUGUUUUUAGCAUUAAGGUUAUGUGUGGCUUCGUUUUUUUCUCUCUAUUUAUUUUCUUUCCCACCUAAGUGUGUCUAGCUUGCUGCUUUAUAUUUAUGGGCAUAUGAUUGGUGUACAGUAGUAUUUUUGUAUGUUUUAUUGUGUUUUUUGCAUUGUUUUUAUUCCUGUAGGUGUUGAUGAGGAUGGGGUUUGUGCACGGCUUGGUCACUGGUGUGUUGGUGUGCAGUUCACAGGUGGUGUGGUGUUGUGUGGUGUUGUUAGACUCACUAGAGGCUCGGUUUGUCUGGUUCUUGUGUUUAUGUGUUCUUAGUACCUUUUUAUUCUCUUCCUGUGAGCUUUUUUUACUGUCAAUACUUCAUUUUGUAUUUUUGUAUUUUUGUAUCUACUAUUUUUUUUGUCUUCCUCUCCUCCCAAUUUUUUUUUUUUAUCAUCAGUGCUUUGUUUUGUAUGAUUUUGUAUUUCUUUUACAUACUUUAAGUUUUUUUAUACCGUCAGUGCUUUCUUUUAUAUUUUUUGUAUUUUCUUACGUACUCUUAAUUUUUUUUUCACAUUUGCUUUCGUUUUUGUUUUUGUUUUACUUUUUAUUUUUUGUGUCUGUGUUUACCAGUUGCUUUCUUUUUUAUGUAGGUGUUAGCAGUGUUAGGUUUUGCUGUGUUUUUCUUAAGUACUUUAUAUCAGUUUUGUAAAUGGAGAAUAUGGUGAGCUUUUUUUUUUUUUUUUUUUAUGGUUAGAUUUACAAUUUUUUUAAUGUUUUCUUCUUAGUGAUUUUAUAAGUUUACACUUUUUAUUUUACAUCCUUUUUCCAUAUUCAUUUCAGCAUAUUUAUGUUAUCUGCUUCAUCCUUAUUUAUUUCUGAUUUCAUUCAACAAUGUUUUUGUUUCUUUUCAUUUUCCCAGCAGUUAUCAUAAAUUCAUUCCUUUCCUUUAUUUUUAUUCAUUUUUAUUCAUAGAUUUUUCCAUAUUCAUCUGUCUUAAUUUUCCAUUUACACCAUUUUCUCCAUUUUUAUUUAUUAAACUUUGUUUAUUGUUUUCAUCCUUAGUGCACACCUUUCCUUUAUUUCAUUAUUUUUUUAUAUAUAGAUUUUUCUGUAUUGAAUCUUAGUCUUUAUUUUUAGCUUAUGUUAUAUCCAUUCUUAUUUAUUUUCAUCCCAAUCUUAAUUCUCGAGUUACAUUAUUUCUCAUUCUUAUUUAUUUUCAUCUUAGUCCUACUUUCCCAGUUACUUUAUUUCUCAUUCUUAUUUAUUUUUCACGUAGCUUUCAUUUCCCAGUUACAUUAUUCCUCAUUCUUAUUUAUUUAUUUUUUUCUGUCUUAAUUUCCCACCUGGUAUCUCCAUUCCUAUCUUUCUUUUUUUUUUUUGUCGCAAUUUCUCAUUCUGAUUUAUUUUCAUUUCACUCUUAAUUUCCCACUUGAUAUCUCAAUUCUUAUAUCUAUAUAUAUAUAUAUUUUUUUAUUUAUUUAUAUUUCUUCUCACAGCCAUGUUCCUCAUGUGACUCAAUUGAUGUACGAUAAUAGCACGUACCGUUGUGUUGCCAUAGAGAGGCGAGGCCGCUGGGCAGGUCACUCCUUGAUAUCGAAUCUCACCUCAGAACUCAACCUUGCCUUAUCCAGAAUUCAUUAAAAUGUUUUUUUUUUCUUUUUCUUUUGUUUUUUUGUUAUCCUUGUUUUUUUUUUUUUUUCUUCCUUCCUUUUCUUCUAUUUUUUCUUUUUUCCUCUUCAUCUUCACCCUCAUCUUCAUCUUCAUCAUCAUCUUUUACCUUUUUUUCCCUUUCUAGUCUUUCCAUCCAUAACAUACUAGUUCUAAUAAUAACCUCUUCGAAAUGGGGAAGAUGGCAUACUAUUAUUAUCACUAUUAUUACCUUUAUUAUUACCAAUGCUAGUUCCCUCUAUAAUCACAUGUUGUAUGGGUUGUAUUUUUGCCUUCCUCUAUUGUAUACUCAGCCAUCUAUCACUUGACAUAGAGAAGCGUGCCAAAGAUUUAUUGCACAUACUAUUUUAUACCUUUGUGUGUAUUUGUAUGUGUGUGUGUGUGUGUGUUUUAGUUUGUCUGUCUGUCUGUCUGGUCACAUCACUGCAUAUUCCAUCAGAGAGAGAGAGAGAGAGAGAGAGAGAGAGUUUAAGCAUUAUCUUCUAAAACCUCAAUGUACUGUACUUUACUGUUUUAAAAUGUCACUCAUGAAUUAGUUUAUACAAUAUACAUGUAGGAAAUAGGUGAAUAGAAGGUAAAUAGCACCAACUCAAUUAUUUACUCAUUCACCCACACCAUUUUUUUCUAUGAUUCUUUGUUCUCUCAUCUCUCUCUUUUUUCCCUUCACUCGCUUGUUCUUUUCUUUCCUUUGCUUCCUCAUCUCCUUUUCUCACUCACUCUCACUCUCUUACUCCUUUCCUGCCUUCUUUCUUUUUCUUCUUUCCUUUCUUCUUUCCCUAUCUCCUUUCAUCACUCACUCACCCACUUUCUAAAUACUCCCUCUUCCCUUGACAUAUUCACUCCAUCACUCACUUCAACAUGGCCUCUCACUCACUCACCAAUACAAACAUUCUCUUUUGCACUUAGUCACUCCUCACUCACACACACACACUGCCUCACUCACUCACUCACUCACUCGCAUUUCUAUCACGUUCUGUCUCCAUCAGCCCAGAAACACAGUUCAUAAAUGACAAAUUGUUGUUGUUAUUGUUGUUGUUGUGGCUAUAUACACUCGCUUCCUUCCAUGCACUCAGUGAAUGAUAUCAAAUGUAUGUGUAUAUGUGUGUUUGAGAGAGAGAGAGAGAGAGAGAGAGAGAGAGAGAGGAGUUUGAUGAAUUCUUAAAUAUUGAGUAAUGAAUUGUGUGGUUGAUAGGAAGAGGAAAGGAAGAAAAGAAUAAGAAAGAAAAUAUAGAAAGAAGAAUAAGAGGAAGAGGGAAGGGAAAGAGAUAGAAUAAGAGGAAAAAGGAAAGGAAGAAAGAAUGCAAAGAAAAGGAAAGGAAGAAAAAUAAGAAAGAAAAUAUAGAAAUAGAAGAAUAAGAGGAAGAGGGAAGGGAAAGAGAUAAAAUAAGAGGAAAAGGAAAGGAAGAAAGAAUACAAAAAAGAGGAAAGGAAGAAAAAAUGAAAAAAAUAUAGAAAGAAGAAUGAAAGGAAGAGGAAAGGGAGAAAGAUAGAAUAAGAGGAAAAGGAAGCAGAGGAAGGAAUAAUAGGCAAGUGUUGUCUUUGGAGGGACUUUGGAAUGUGGGGAGAGGAGGAGGAGUUAGGAGAACAGGUAGACAGGAGUGUGAAAGAGUGUUUAGGUAUAGAUGAAAAGAAAGAAGAGGAGAAAGAGGAAGGAUCAGGAAAAAAAUAGACAAUUAGGAAAGUGGAGGAAAGAAGCUGAGGAGGACAGGGAUGAGAAAAGAGAAAGAGGCAGAAGAGGAGGAAGGAAUGAUAUGAAAAGUGUUCUCUGGCAGGAUCUUACGCACUGAAUAUAUGAGAUAAGGCAUUUCGCAGGUGAAUGAGGAAUAUGACUACGACGGGAAUAAACUAUGAUAUGAAUGCGAAAAAAAUAUGAGCUUUUGAGUGAGUUUGCCACUGUGUCUGUAAGCAAUAGAGGCUGUUUCUGUUGCACCAAAGGAAAGAAUGAUUACAAGUGGUUUAGCAGUUUAGCAGUUAGUGUGAGGAAUGGUCUACAUUUAACAAUCAAACAAGACGUAAUAAAAAAGUUUGACUAUAAAUAUAACAAAAUAGAGACAGGAAAGUUAACAGCCAAGCAAGGACUGAUAAGGAGUGCCUUGUAUGUGGGUUUUGUAGUCAGCACAAGAAACAGACUAGACAUUUCACGACUGAAUAAGAAAUACCAAAAACAUGUGAUCUGUUGAGUCAGUCCAGUGCGUGAGAAAGAGACUGCUUAUUUCACAGCCAAACAAGGAAAUGAUAAAGUGCAUCUUUUAUCAUAGUCUUUUUGUGGUUAGUGUGUGAAAAAAACAUUAUUUCACAGCUGAACAAGAAAUACUAAAAAAAAAAAUGUGAUCUUUUGAGCCAAUUUUUGCUAUAAAUGUGAGAAAAGAGGCUGGUUCUUUCACACCCAAGGAAGGAAUUAUAAAAGAGUGUGAGAAACAAACUGUAUUUCACAACCAAAGAAUACUGAAAAAAAAGACUGAAUUUUCACUAUUAAAUGAGAAAAGACACAAGGCAAAGCAAAGAAUGGUAAUAAGUACCUUGUAUGUGAGUCUUUUCUCCGGUUAGCAUGAAAGACAACCCAGAUAUUUCACAACAAGGAGCUACAGAGUGAAAGAAACAUAGGAGUAAUUUUCUCCAUACUUUAACUUCCUGUCAGUGUGUGCUUGCAGGGGUGGGGCACAGGAGAGCUGCACCACUGCCUAGUAAAAGCUGCCUCACCUGACUGUGUUUGGUGCAGCUUCUGGCGGGCACAUGUCUAAACAGCAAGCUUUUGGUGUAAUGUAUCUGUGUGUGUCAAGAAAACAUAUCCUCAAUUUUGUGUCAGUGGUAACUUGUGCAUCGCUUUGGAGGGAGGGAGGGAGUGUAGAGAGAUGCUGAUGGAAGGAAGGUAGGAAGGUAAGAAGGAAGGAAAGGUUGUGUGGUUAAGGUAGAGGCUGUAAUGCUUUUAAAGAUAGAAGGAGGGAAGGAAGGAUGUUUUGACCAAGGUGAAAACUAGUAUUUUGUGAAGGAAAGGGAAGGAAGGAAGGAAGGAAGGAAGAGCUUGAAGGUUGAGAUAAAAGCUGUAAUAUUUAAAAGGAAGGAAGAAAGGAGCUUGAUGUAGAAACUGUGAUGUUUGUUGAUAAGAAAAUAAGGAAAAAAUUGAGGAAAGAAGAUACACAUAGAUUAAAAUGCAAACUAAGAAAGUAAAGGAAGUAAAAUAAGAGAGAGAGAGAGAGAGAGAGAGAGAGAGAGAGAGAGAGAGAGAGAGAGAGAGAGAGAGAGAGAAGGACAUUAUAACAAACAGCAUCAGAGCAAAUGAACGCCAGAAAUGCUAUAUCUAUACCUACUGCCAUAAGUAAGAAGCAAACUACGUAGUGAUACCAUAACAAAAACAGUGAUAGAUAUAACUAAGAACUGUUCAUAUGCAUAACUAGCUUACAGUUGAUAGAGGAGGUAAUAAUAACUAAUCAUACUGCCAUUGAUAACUAUAGCACACCUUGUAUCCUCCAUUUUUGUGCCCAUAAGGUGAAUUACAGACACCAUAAUGUUACAUAUCGGAAGUUUUGUGUUUUGUGUCGGCUGAGUGUGAAUGAGAGGAAGGAACUGGUGAAGGGGAAGAGAGGAGAACAGUACAAGAGUGAGAAAUAAAGGAAUGGGGAGAGUUUUGAUUGUAAGGAAAUAUAAGAGGGAAAGCUAAUUAAUGAGGGUAAAAAAAAAUAAAGUAGCGGUUAUUGGAAGGAAGAAAUUGGAAGGGUGAAAAGGGGGAGAAAUUAGAAGAAAGGGUGAUGAAGGUGAUGAAAGAGAGAAAGGAAAUUAGAGAACAAGAUUGAAAUGAAAAUAAGAAAAAGGGAAAGAAAUUGAAAGUAUAUCAGAGAUAGAUUAGAAAAAAAAAGUGUGAAAUGAAAAAAAAAUAAUAGAAGAUAUUAAAGAGUAGCAAAAUUUGGAAAAAAGUGAAGGGAAAUAAAGUAAAAUAAAAUGAAAAGAUAAAUGAAGAAAUAAAAAAAGAGAGGAAACAAAUAAAAAGAAUAGAAAGAAAGAACAAAUUAAGUAAAUAAAAUGAAAGAGAACCAUGAAGAUGAAGAUACAAUAAAUACAUGAAAAUAAUGAUGAAAGGAAAAGAAGAUGAAGAUUAGUCAUAAUGUUCCACCAAUAAAUAAAGAUAAUAACAAAAGGGAAAGAUAAUGAAGAAGGUUGGUAGCAAUGUUUGGCCACCACUCUUCCUCAGCCUGUUGUUGCAUCUUGUCUGUAGAUGAGAUUCAGAGAGUUUACAGAUGGCGAAUCAUAGAGUAAGUUUUAAUAGAUAGCUAGUUAGUAAAAGUAAUGCAUUUUUCUCCAUUAUAUCAUGUGCAGAGUUUCAUUGGUGUGUGUGUGUGUUUUGUCGGACAGUUUAAGAACAUAACAAAAAAGGGAAGUUGCAAGAAGCCAUCAGGCCUACGUGUGGCAGUCCCUGUAUUUUAUCUACACACACACAUACACACACACAUACAUACACACACACACACACACACACACACACACACACACACACACACACACACACACACACACACACACACACACACACACACCAUGCUAUAUAGAUAAUAAAAUCAAGGUUUCAAAUAGAUGGAGAGAAAUGUAAUAUAAAAAUUCUAACUGACUUCACCACCACCACCACCACCAUGCAUUAGGCACAUCACAGUAAUAACACACCACAGUUCACCACCACACCAGGAAUCUCUCUCAGCAUCACCACACUGUUUGUCAUCACCAUUGCAAUUACGUUCUGUGUGUGUGUGAGUGCAUCUACAUCCCCACCAUCUAUCAUUAUCAAUCACUCGUGGUGGUCUAUUAUUAUUAUUAUUAUUAUUAUUAUUAUUAUUAUUAUUAUUAUUAUUAUUAUCAUCAUCAUUAUCAUUAUUAUUAUUAUUAUUAUUAUUGGUGUUGUUUCUGCAUAUCACUUGUAUUUCUAGGGAGUGUCACGUGUGGAUUUUUACGUACAAUAAUUCUGUGUCUUAAAUAUCUUUGUAUCUUAUCUUGGCUAUUUUCAACAGCGUCUGGAUAUUGGGGUUUUCACGGGUGUUUUCUUCAUUCCUGCGACAGUUUAACAGGCCGCAGUGGAAGUUAUUGGGGUUUUCAAGAGGGUUUUCGUGAUUCUGGUGAUAGGAGAAAUAUAUGCCGUGCUAUCAGCCUCAAAAAACACCCAUGAAAAUUAUACUAAUUAUCUCUGUGGCCAUGGAAAAUAGCCCGGAUGAGAGAGCGCAGGGUUUCAAAAUACAAACCAAGCCUAACACAACAUUCAUUCCCAUUACUGCUCAUUCACUUUUCCCAAACAGUCACCUCUUCAUUGCCACGUUGUCUCCUAUGCAUUCCAGAGUUAUACAGUUUGAUGCAUCUAUAUAGUGUUUUUGUUUAAUGUUUCGUGUUUUUCAUCUUGUGUUUGCGUUUUCCAUUGUUUUCUGUGUUGCGUCUCAGAGUGUUACCGGAUGAGCAACAAAUACAUGGCAGUUUCAUUAAGUGUUAGAAGAAUAGGUAGACAGGAGUGUGAAGCAGUUUUAGGUGUGGGAAAGAAGAGAAAGAAGAAUUGGGAGAAAAGAUAGGAAAGUGCAGGAAAGAAGCAGAGGAGAACGAGGAUGAGAAGAGAGAAAGAGUUAGGAGGGAAAAGUUAUAUAUGGAGGUGAAAAAGGGAUGUAAUGAAAAUAGGUAAGGGAAAAGAAAAGAAGCUAGAAGAAAAGGAAAAGUGGGAUGAAAAGUAGAAAAAAGAUGAAAGAUGGAGAUAAACCAAUGGAAAUACAGAAAGGAAAAAAAAAAAAAAAACAAGACUAGAAAAGAAAGAAAAUAAUAUAAAGAAAAAGGAAGAAAAUAUUGAUAGGAAAGUUAAUGUAGGCUGUAACACAAAACUAUAAUCUAUAUUAUUCAAUUAUUUUACCAGGCAAAGAAUCCAAAUGCAAAAAAAGGCAACCAGAUCCCACUAAAAGAUGUAGAUCCUAAUGAAAGCUACCAGAUCGUAUUAAAAGCUAUUAGAUCCUAUUAGAAAUUACCUGAGCUUAGUAAAUGGUGCCAGAUCUUAAUAGCUACCAUAUCCUAUAAAAUGUUACCAGAUCCUACUUAAAGUUACCAAAUCCUAUUAAAAACUACUAUAAGCUACAAUAGGAGAUGGUGAGAAGUCGUUCCUAUAAUUUUCAUGUUCUAUCAUUCCUUUAUAUUUUGUAUUCUUUUAUUUGUUUUAUAGUUUUAUUUAUUCAUUGAUCUCCACUCGCUAAAAGAAGAAGAAGAAAAAAAAGCAUUCCCUAAGCAUUUAAAUUCAGAACGAUUGGAAAACAAUGAUGGUGGAUAUGUAUUUAUAUUGAAGAAAGAGAAAAAAAAAGUAAAAGAUAAAAUAUAUACCUUCAUCUAUAAGUGAAAAGUUGUAUUUGCUAUUGAUGAACUAAAUAACGAGUGAUAAAAUGAAGAAAUGUUAGAAGAAAUGGAUAAAUGAGAGAGAGAGAGAGAGAGAGAGAGAGAGAGAGAGAGAGAGAGAGAGAGAGAGAGAGAGAGAGAGAGA